AUGUAAAACCCUUUAUAGAUGACUCGUAAAUUCAAUAGAGCUAAUGACAAUUCUAUCUAAGAUAUAACACAUAAAAAAAUAUAUGAACCUAUUGAAUUAGAAUUAAAUAAAGAAUAUGGGUUAAGAUAUGUAAAAAAUGAUUAUGAAAACAAUUUUGAGAAAGAGGAGGGGUUUGAUAAAAGAGAAAUAUUAAAUUUAUAACCAAUAGACAUAUUUAAAAUGAAUCCUAAUUAAAAUUAAACAUAGGUAAUUGAUUAAUAAGGAUAAAAUCAAAAUUAAACUUAGAAUUUAUAGAAUUAGUCAUAAUCAGAAUAACACUAAGGAUUAUUAAGUGCUAUAAUAAAUAAUUGUUAAUAACCAAAAAUAGAUAAUAUAACUGAAAAAGAUAUCUUUGAAUAAAAUAGAAUAAAAGUUAUGAUCUGUAUCACAAUGUAUUCUGAAAAAUAUUCAGAAUUAGAAAAAUCUUUAAGUGGAGUUGGAAAGGAUAUAGAAUCUUUCUUAAAAAUGUAUUAAUAAUAUUUGAAUUUAGUGGGAUAGCACCACAUUAAAUAGCAGUAACAGUAAUUUUUGAUGGAAUAGUUAAUAUUUGUCAUAAACCAGGAGCUUAUAGAGAUAAUAUUAUUCGUAUUUAUUUAAUUUUUUAUAAAUUAGCUUACUUCGAAAGUGAAAUUGAUAAAAAAUAUGGGUUUCAAAGAGAAUAGACUCUAGCUUAUUAAUAUAAUAAAUAUUAAGAAUAAUUGAAACGAUUUUAGGAUUAUAAUCCAGAUAAUAUUAAGUAUCUAAGAGCUAAUACAGAUCAAUUAUUAAAAAAGUAUAAGAAACAUAGAGAUGCUUUAAAAAAGACAAUGGAAAGAUUAAAAGGAGAAAAAUAUAAUUUGAUUGAGUAAGAUGAAUAUAUAGAAUAAAAUAUUGUUGAUGCUAUGGAGAAUCAGUAUUAAAUAGCAAAAAAAUAUUUAGAAAAUAGAAAAAAUACUGCUUGGGUUUAUUAAGAUGGUUUAAUAGAUAAUUAAUCAAAUGGGAUACUUCCAAUAUUUUAUACAUUUAAAUUUACUAAUGGUUCUAAAUUAUCAUCUCAUAUGUGGUUUUUUAAGGGUUUUUGUUAAUUGUUACAACCAAAAUAUUGUGUAUUAAUGGAUGUUGGUGCUAAUCCUUAAAAAGAUGCAAUUUUUUAAUUAAUAAUGGCUAUGGAAUAGAAUCCAAAGUUAGGAGGAGUAUGUGGAACAAUGAGAGUUUAAAUUGAAGAAGAUGAUAAAGAUGAUGUUGAAUUAGAUAUAGUGACAAAUAUUUUAGUAAAUAAAGUGUUUUCAAUUUAAAAAUGUUAAUCUUGUGAAUAUGACAUUGCACAUUUACUAGAUAAAUAAGCAGAAUCAGCACUUGAUUUUAUUCAUGUAUUGCCUGGUGCAUUUUCUGCAUAUAGAUAUAAAGCAUUUUUUGUGAAUUAUAAAGAUGAUAGAAACUAGUAACGAUGUAAUUAAGAGAAUUAAAAUAUCUUAAUACCAUAAUAAGAGGAGGGGAUUUUGGAUAAAUAUUUGAGAUAAGUGUUGGAUUAAAAUUAUGAACAUUAAACAUUAUAAGAAGCAAAUAUGUUUUUAGCUGAAGAUAGAGUUUUAUGUAAAUUAUUAUUUUGUAAUGGAUAUCAUUUGAGAUAUAUACCUAAUGCUUUAGUUUAUGUUGAUCCAUGUACUUCAUUAAAAUAAUUAAUUUAAUAAAGAAGAAGAUGGAUUAAUGGAUCAUGGCAUGCUUUAUCAUAUAUAUCUGAUAAUUACGAUUAAGAUUUAAAAACUAGUAAACAUUCAUGGUGGGAUAAAUAAAAAUUUAUAUUAUCUAUUACUUAAGCUAAGAUUUAAUAACUUAUGAUAUAUUUUAUGGAAUCAUUUUAAAUUCUAUGGCUUUAUAUGAUUAUGUAUGCUAUAGUAGAUACAGGAGAUCUUGGAUUAAAUAAUUUUAUUAUUUCAACAGUUAUUGCUUUUUAUGUAUUUUUGGUGUUUAUGGUUAUAUAUUUGUCUAUUAAUUAUGAUCCUGCAUUACUUAAAGAAUUGGGAAAAUAAGAAAAAGAGAAAGAAAAAAUAGAAACAGAUUAUUACUUUUCUAGACUCUUUUUUGUAUCAACAUGUUUAGGAUUCAUAAGUCUUGGUACAGUAGUAUAUACAAUCUAUUUGUUAAUUACAGAAAUAUUCUUUAAUUAUGGAUUUAAUGAUAUAGUAGAAAAACCUCAAGUUCCAUAGAGCUAUUAUUUAGUUCUUGUUGUUAUAUCAAUAGGAUCUAUUAUAUUACCAAUAUUAUCAUCAUUAUUUUAAUUACCAUAGAAUAUAUUUAAUGCAGCUUUAACUAUGAUCCCAUAUUUUUAUUAUCAACCAACUUAUAUGCAUUUAUUUGUAAUCUAUUCUUUUUGCAGAAUAGAUGAUUUAUCAUGGGGAACAAAAGGAUUGACAAAUACAGGAUCUAGUUCUGUUAAUUCAGAUAAAGCAUAUUAAAAAUUUAAAUUUUUAUUAACAUGGUUAGUACUUAAUACAUUAGUUACUGCAGUUCUAUUAAUAUUAUUUUAGAUAUAAAUAUAUUUACUUCCCUAAGGUUUAAUAUUAUUUAUAUCAGUUAUUUUAACAAUACUUACUAUUUUAAAAGGAUUUUUAGCUUUAUGGUAUAGGAUUAAAUAUUGUUCUAUUUAAAGUUAGAUUGAAUAAUAUAUAAAUUCAAUUAAUAAGGGCAUAAAUGUUGUAAAUAAAGAAUAGAGAAAUAAGAUUACGCAAUAAAUUAAAGAAAACAACAAUAUAUUGUAAUUAUAAAUAGAUAAUGCAUUGUAAAAUAGUUAUUUAAGAGCAUCAGCAUUUACUGCAUAUUUGGAGUCCUUCUUCAAAAGUAAUAAUUGA